AUGGUCUCCGACGACAAGCAGGCUCCGCCAGCUCAAAGAUGGGGCGACGGACUUGUUGGCGAUGCUGAAAGGGAGGGAAAGAAGAUUAUAGUCAUUACGGAUAGAUCAAAGACCGAGGGGCAGUUUGCGAGCAUGCUGAGCGUCUCGGGACCGCGACGUGCUGAUGCGGGUGCUCAUCCGCAACUCGUGAGCGAGAACGUACCGGACGCCACAGACAAUCCAUUAAACGCAGCAGUCAUUCCGUUCAUCAAUGACUUACUCCAAGACAAUCCCAUUCGCUCCGUUGCCGUUGCUCCGUGGCUGCGGCACUCGUGUUUCCCCAAAGACUCGACGCCAACUUUCUUAGCGUCUGACAGCGAUCCUUUCGACGUCAUCGCCAAGCCCUACCACGAAUGCCAAAUCGUGAAGAUCCUUAACCGAAGCAUCACAGCCCAGGUCACGAUGGCGGCAGCGAGUUACACUCGAAGGGAUGCUGCGCCCUGCGACUUGGCAUACUGGCAAACUGUUCCUAUAGAACCAUUUUAG